AUGGCAGAAGCGACUGAGCCCACACACACAGAAGAGUCCGAGCCCGAGCCCACGCACACAGAAGAGGACUACCAGGGCUGGGUUACAAGAGUUGAUGAUAUUGUAGCAUCAAUCCAAAAUAAGUUUGGAAAUUUUGGGGAUAAUGGCUUUGACAGCCUUGGGCAUCAUUUUCUCGCGGCGUAUACAGACAUGAGGGAUGUGCUAGGCGAUAUUUCGAAAGUACUCCACGAGCCAAAUAAUGAAAGAGAACGCGUUCUCUUCAACCGAGCUGUUGCGCUCCUAAGCUCAUUCAACGAUUUUGUGGCGGGCGCCAUAAGCUCGGCCGCCGAUAUCAGAUUGGUAUAUUUUCAGUUGUUGGCCCGCGUGGCCGAAUUUUCUCGACAACCCUUUAUCUCGCUACAUAGUGAUAUUGCACUCCACCUCCAAGAUAUGAUCCUCCAAGUUGGUAAACACAAACCUCCCCUAAGCGAGGUAUGGGAUCCCCUUAAAAAUACCGAUCGAACUAAUCGGCAAAGAUUGCAGCCCAUCUAUAGGGAUUUUCUAGACUAUAGCAAAACCUUCAGAGACAAGUCACCGUUCCUUACAAACGAUGUCGAAGAACAGCGACGGUUUAUCCAACGAUCGCAAGAGUCUGUCAAAGCGGCCCUGAUGCAGCUUCGUAUACCCGAGGCCGCACAGGGAAUACGUUAUCAUUUAUUUGACCCUCACUCUCGUCCCACAUUCAUAGACUACCCCCAUGAUUCGGACGAGUUCCGUUAUGGGCUCGGUCAACGACCAGGGCUACUUGAUCUCAUAGAGAGGCUUGGUGGCCCGAUAAGUGCCGCCGAGAGAGCUAAAAUGGAUGCUGCAUAUAAUUCGCCAAAUCCAGUAGCGCCAUCACCAGUGCAACCACCGCCUCGACCAUCAGCGGAAAAACCAGCGCGACCACCAGAGUCAGAGUCAGAGCAAGAGCGAGGGCCAGAGUCAGAGUCAGAGCCGGAGCAAGAGUCAGAGCAAGAGCAAGAGCAAGAGUCGGAGCAAGAGUCGGAGCAAGAGUCAGAGCAAGAGCAAGAGCAAGAGUCGGAGCUAGAGUCAGGGCAAGAGCAAGAGUCGGAGCAAGAGGAAGAGUCGGAGCCAGAGCAGGAGCAGGAGCAAGAGCAAGAACCAGAAGCCCCUCCAACGUACGAUAUGACAGACAGGCAAGCUUUGGCGGACAUCGAGGACAUCUGCGAUGAAAUGAUAAACGGUGGUCAACCCCGGCCUGAGACUGUGGGACUUAUUACCCCAACCACCCGGAACCGUCGCGACACGUUGAGAAGCUACAAAGAUAGACUCAGCCGCGACCUUAGAGAUGUCCGAAGAACUUUGUUCAAUCCACAGAACACUCCAGCACACCUGACCCCCGAGCAGAAUAGAAGACUGGGAAAUGAACGACGUAGACUGCAGACUAGCAUAAGAGCGGGGUUGGGUUCGGGCAGCAACAGCAUCCUGAAGACGAUCCGAAUCAACGCCGUGCAUCUCAAGCUGCUGACCGCGAUGCUAGUCAUGUCCACGGUACAGAGGGAGCCGCCGGUGCCGUACGCCGACCGGAUGACGGUGAUGAGGCAGCGCAUCGAGGACUGGCACCUGUACGAGCAGGCCUGGCAGUCCGCCGACGAUAAGGCCCGGAGCAGGACCGAGAGCCAACUCUGGCGGUCCAUCAAGACCGCCCGCCACAACCGCCGCAACAACAUGGCCUUUUUUCAAAGCAUAAUCGACGGCCUGGAAAACGCCAUCCCGUACUAUAGGCACCACCCGACGCACCGCCCGCCGCGCGAUAACAUGCUACUCGAGUACUACCCCCCCGUGCCACCCACCCCAACCCCGGGCCCUAAGAUCAUGAAGGACCCCCCUCCCCCUCCCCCUCCCCCUCCCCCUAUAAAGAACCCCCCUCCCCCUGUGAAGGAUCCCCCCCCCCCUCCCACAGGGAAGAAGCGGCCACCGCCCAAGACCACCACGCCCCCUCCCCCCAAACGAAGACGCCCUCCCCCCGACCCCGAACCCGACCCCGACUCCGACCCCUCCCCCACCCCCCCGCGGCCGCCCCCCUCGCCGCUCCCGCGCCUGCUAUCCCUGUACAUGUUCGAGGCGCGGCGGCCGUCGCAGUCGGGGCACCUGUCGGGGCACGGGGCGCGGGCGCAGGCGGCGCGGGACUUACUGUGGCACCGGGCGCAGGCGCUGCCGUCGGCGCGGCAGCAGCUGCGGGCGCUGGAGGAGGCGCAGCGCCGCGACGAGGCGGCCGACGCCGCGCGGGGCCAGGCGCUGCGCGCGGGGGGGCCGGCGCGCCACGAGGAGCUGCCGAGGCGCUCGGCGCUCGACAGGCUCGUGUACAUGGUUAUCCUGACGAUGUGGCGGGUCAGCCAGGGGCAGGGGAUUGUGCCGUAA